AUGACCCGCACGGACCCACCAGACCUGCUAGUGUCAACCGUGUACCAAGACAUCAAGGCGGCGGCCCCGGGGCCCGCAUCCCGGCGCCAGGCAUGUGAGCGGCCGCCGGCCCGGCCCGCCGCGCCCUUCAACAAGCGCCACUGCCGCAGCUUCGACUUUCUGGAGGCGCUGGACGGGCCAGCCAUGGAGCAUCGGCCGGAGCCGCCGGCCCCGGAGCCGGCCCCGCCGCGAACCCGGCCCCGGGACGGCGAGCCCCGGCGGCGGGCCCGCUCCAAGAGCGCGCCCCGCGCGCCCCCCGGCCUGGCGCCCGCGCCGGCCUCGCCGCCCGUGCUGCCCCGCCGGGGCCGGGAGCCACAGCGCGCGGCUGGGGCGGAUGGGUCGCCACGCAGGGAGCCCGCGUACCCCGCGCUGCGCGCCCUCGCCAACGAGCUGCACCCCAUCAAGCUGCAGCCGCAACGGGGCGGCUCCGGUCGCGUCGCGCCCCUGUGCGCGGUCCCGGGCCGCUGUGCGCCGCCCGAGCCCCCCGCAGGGCCCGCCCCGCACGUCCGCUGCCGCCUGGACAUCAAGCCCGACGCCGCGGUGCUGCAGCACGCCGCGCGCGGUUCCCGGCCCUGCGGGCCCAAUGACGGCCCGCCCUGGGCCCGCGGCCUGCAGGUCCACGGCCUCACGGUCCCGGGGCCGCGCCGUGUGGCGCUGUCGCGCAUGCCCACCCCCAGCGACUUGUACUGCACCGACCCACGGGCGCUCUACUGCGCGGACCCGCCGCCCCCGGCACCGCGGGACUGCGUCGAGCGCCGCGGCCCGCACUUGGCCGCGCCGCCGGGGCCCACCCAGUUCUUCUACACAGAGGAGCCCGACGGCUACGCGGGCAGCUACGUGGCCAGCCCCAGCCACGCGUUCGACGGCUACGGGCCCAGGCCCUACCCAUCCGAGGAGCCUCCGGGACCCAGCCCGCGGCGUGGGGCCGCCUACUACCCCGGCGAGGCGCGCACGUUCCCGAUCCAGGAGCCACCCGCCCGCUCCUACUACGGGGAGGACCCGCGGGCCUACGGGCUGUCCAGCGGCUCCUGGUACGUCCCGCAGGAGCCCCGGGCCCACCUAGCAACCCGUUCCUUUCACGCGACCGACUGGGGAAGGUACCGUGAGCGCGAAGCCAUGACUCGGACUUACCCCCACCCGCGCAGCAGUCCGGCCUGGGCCGACUGGGGCCCGCGCCCGUACCGCACCCUGCAGGUGGCACCUUCCCCGGACCCGGGCCCCUUGCUGGCCUCGUGGCACGGAGGCACCGGCACCAGCCCGCCCAGGCUGGGCACCGACAGCCGCCACUAUUCGCGCUCCUGGGACAACAUCCUGGCGCCCGCGCCGCGCCGGGACGACCCCCUGGGCCGCGGCCGCAGUUACGAGAACCUGCUGGGCCGCGAGCCCCAGGGCGCGUCGCCGGAAGGUCGGCGCCCGCCGCCGGUCGUCCUGAACCUGUCCACCUCUCCCCGGCGCUACGCCGCGCUGUCGCUGUCCGAGACGUCGCUGUCGGAGAGGGGGCGCUCGGGCGAGGGCCUGGGCCGGAACUGGUACGUCACCCCCGAGAUCACCAUCACGGACAACGACCUGCGCGCCGCCGAGCGCCCGGGCGCCAGGGGCUGGGAGCUGCCCGGGUCCCGCGCGUGCGCGCCCGCCGUGGGCACCGCCGCCACCCCGGGCCGCCAGCGCAGCCUGGAGCAGCUGGACGAGCUCAUCACCGACCUGGUCAUCGACUCGCGGCCCGCGGCGGCCCAGGCGCCCGAGCCCCCGGCCGACGGCCUGGGCCGCCGGCUGCGGCGCCUGCUGGACGCGCGGCCCGCGGGGGCCGGGGCGCCCGGCCCGGGGCCGGCGAGGGCGUCGCGCUCGCCCCCCGCCUCGGCCGGCAGCGCCGAGGAGCCGGCGGGCUCGGGGGAGGCGGCCGACGCGUCCCCGGAGCCCAGCGCCGAGGAGGACGACCUGAUGACCUGCUCGAACGCGCGCUGCCGACGCACGGAGACCAUGUUCAACGCCUGCCUCUACUUCAAGUCCUGCCACAGCUGCUACACCUACUACUGCUCGCGCCUGUGCCGCCGCGAGGACUGGGACGCGCACAAGGCGCGCUGCGUGUACGGCCGCGUGGGCAGCGUGUGCCGCCACGUGCUGCAGUUCUGCCGCGACAGCGGCCCCGUGCACCGCGCCUUCUCGCGCAUCGCGCGCGUCGGCUUCCUGUCGCGCGGCCGCGGCGUGCUCUUCCUGGGCUUCCCGAGCCCCGGCUCGGCCGACAACUUCCUGCGCUUCGGCCUCGAGGGGCUGCUGCUGUCGCCCACCUACCUGUCGCUGCGCGAGCUGGCCACGCACGCCGCGCCCCUGGGCAGCUACGCGCGCGAGCUGGCGGCCGCCGGGCGCCUCUACGAGCCCGCCGAGUGCUUCCUGCUCAGCGUGUCGGUGGCCGUGGGCCCCGCCGCCGGGACGCCCGCCCGGCCCGCGCCCGCGCCGCGCAGCCCCGGGCCCACGGUGCGCAAGUUCGCCAAGGUGGCGCUGGCGGCCGGCAGCCCGACGCGCCCGUGCCCCGCGCCCGGCCGCGAGGCCGACAUGGAGACGCUGAUCCUCACGCCGCCGCCGGGCACGGCGGGCCUGGACCAGGAGGGCGAGGCUGGCCGGCGCGCGCGCCAGGUGGCCUUCGUGCACAUCCAGCGCGAGCUGCGUCUGCGCGGCGUCUUCCUGCGCCACGAGUUCCCGCGCGUGUACGAGCAGCUGUGCGAGUUCGUGGAGCACAACCGGCGCUUCACGCCCACCACCAUCUACCCCACCGACCGGCGCACCGGCCGUCCCUUCAUGUGCAUGAUCAUGGCCGCCUCCGAGCCGCGCGCGCUCGACUGGGUGGCCAGCAGCAACCUGCUGGACGACCUCAUGUGAGCCGGGCCGGCUCGCCCUCGGUGCUG